AUGCAGCGUACAGCUCACGCUGCGGGCUACAGUAUGUACAUGUCGGUUUGCGGGGAUGGCGUUAUCGAUAGGGCCUAUCGGCACGCGCGCGUUGGCAGGUCAAGCGACCCUCCAGAGCUGCCACGCGCCCUCGUUUGCACUGAAACAGUGGGCACGCUCCACGCGCCUCCAUGGAGAUACCGUCUGUUGCAGACCACCAUCACAGGCAACCAAGGCGAGCUCGCGGUCUGCUCUUCAACCUGUUCGGCCUGCGCGCCGACGAGCAGACGCACGCUCGCUUCGGCACCCCCUGGGCGCUCCAUAUGCAGGGCAAACAAUCGCCAUCCUCAGCUGCCCAAAGCAGAGCACACCCGCCAAUCUGGACCGGCAACGGGCGACCUGGGCGUGGAACACCGUGCCGAAGAGCAGCAGCGCCGCACCGUCGCCGCUCGCCAAUGCCAGGCCCACCUGUACUACGGGGCAGCUUCUGCCGACGAUCCACGCUCUGCUUGUGGCCUUGUGCAGCAGCGACGAAGACCACAUGCUGCCUCAUCAGACGGGCUUCGAGUGAGACGAUAUCUCGUUAUCUACCAACAUCAUCACGCAACGGUCAACUGCUCUGGUCUGAUAACGAUAACCUUCGCAGACCGAAGAAAGGACCAGGCCAAGCUCACCAAGUCUCACCCCAGGCGAUCACUUGCCAUUUCUCGGCGAGAAUCGCGCUUGCCCCACCCGCUUGGGAGUGGUGGGGGCUGGUGUGCGCGGUACCGCAGGGUCUGGCUGGAGGCUCACCAUAGCAAGAGCGGAAGAGCCGAAGUUUUGCAGAAGCCUAGAAGCUUGACUAUCUGCGCCAUCGAAGCGCCCAUGUCUCGCUAA